ACGCCACCCCACUUCCACCCAUUUCCCCAGUAGCCCGGCCGCCGCCGCUGCCUCCCACUCGUCGUCGUCAUCUCUCUGACUCUCUCCACUCUCCAGUCUCCACCGCGACCGCCUCGAUUUGACGCGGGGAGAUACGCGCCCGCGCGCUGCCCUCUCCCGAUUGGAUUAGCAAUACCAUGCCAUUAGGUGAAUAAUACUUGGUUUUCUCUUGGCUUGUUCGUUCUUUGGGCAUCAUCAAAAUGUCAGGACCAUUGAAUUCAAACAUUAGUGGGGCCUCCUCAAAUCUUCGAGAUUCAACAGGAAAGUCAUUUACAUCAUCUUUUUCUGGUCAAUCUGGAUCGCUUCCAGGUUUCCAUCACUCAGGUGCACACAACAUUCAUGGAAAUCUCAAUCUUUCAAAUAUGUCUGGAUCACUAGCACCAAGAAAUGCUUCAAUGACUGGUCUUCUGUCACCAGGUGUUCAACAACCUGGUGGUAAUAUUUCCAGUGGCCGGUUCCCCUCAAACAACCUUCAAGCUUCCGUGUCUCAGAUUCCUCAUGGGCAUUCUGGGAUCAGCAACAGAGGAGGUAUGAAUGUUGCGGGAAGUCCUGUAUUUAGUGGUAGCAUGAAUGCUAUUGGUGGUUCAAUACAAGGUUUAUCUUCAAACUUGGCUAAUGUGGGUAACCGCAAUUCUGCUCCUGGGUUGGCAGCUUCUCCAGUUUUGGGGAAUUUAGGGCCACGAAUAACAAAUUCGGGGAAUAUUGUGGGUGGGAGCAGUAUUGGGAGAAGUAUAAGCUCUGCAGGUCUGUCUAUGCCUGGUAUUGUGUCUCGCUUGAAUUUGAGUGGCAACUCUGGAAAUGAGGCUAUUAAUAUUCAAGGAUCCAACCGAAUGAGUAGUAUGCUUCAACAAGCAUCACCACAGUUUAUGAACAUGCUUGGAAACUCUUACCCAACACCUGGAGGAUCACUAUCUCAUAACCAAGUGCAGGCAGGAAACAGUUCUUUAGGUUCUUCCGGAAUGCUACAUGAUGGAAGCUCCUGUGACACUUCUCCAUUUGAUAUAAGUGAUUUUCCUGAAUUAACAGGGCGCCCUAAUUCUGCCGGCGGUGGUCAAGGGCAAUAUGGGUCACUGCGAAAGCAUGGAGUAAGUGUUAAUUCCAUUGUGCAACAAAAUCAGGAAUUCAGCAUUCAGAAUGAAGAUUUUCCAGCUUUACCAGGAUAUAAAGGUAGUUCCUCAGAUUAUGCUAUGGAUAUGCAUCACAAGGACCACCUUCAUGAGAAUGUAAAUAUUAUGCAAGCACAGCAUUAUCCUAUGUCUAGAUCAUCUGGCUUCAACUUGGGAGGCAGCUAUCUGCCCCGUCAACAACAUCCGCAGAGUGCUAAUUCAGUUCAAAAUACCAGGCUGGAAAAUAUUGGCCUAAGGCCAGCCAAUUCUCCGAGUCCAUCUAAUUCGGGAGUUUAUGAGCAACUUCGCCAGCAGUACCAUCAACCACAGACUCAAAAUUCACUUAGGUUGCAGGCUUCUUCAGGCCCACAACAAUACAAGGAUCAGAGUCUAAAAUCUGUUCAGGGAACACAAACUGUGCCGGAUCCAUAUAGUUUACUUGGAUUGUUGAGUUUAAUAAGACUGAAAGAACCUGGACCAACAUCUCUUGCAUUAGGGAUUGAUUUGACAACAUUAGGGUUGAAUUUGAACUCCCAAGAUAAUCUUUACAAGACGUUUGGCUCUCCAUGGUCAAAUGAGCCGGCUAAAGGAGAACCUGAUUACCAGAUUCCGGCUUGUUUCUCUGCUAGGCCACCUCCAGCAUUGCAACCAUUACAUUUUCAGAAGUUUCACCCCUUGACACUAUUCUACAUCUUCUACAGUAUGCCUAAGGAUGUCGCUCAGUUGUAUGCUGCUAACGAACUAAAAUUGCUGCUCCAUUUUUUCAGAUACAAUAAAGGGUGGUUUUACCACAAAGAGUACCGAGUCUGGCUUACAAGAGUUCCCAAUGUGGCGCCUCUUGUCAAAAAUCCACUUCAUGAACGAGGGGCCUACAUUUGUUUUGAUCCAAACAUCUGGGACACGAUUCAUAAGGACAACUUUGUUCUCCAUUAUGAAGCAGUAGAGAAGAGACCUGUCCUUCCUUCUGCCGCGCAAAAUGUUAGAAGAGAAAUAUAAGGUAGGGUUUCAAGUCCCACUAAUCUUGGAUACCCGUGCUAAAUGGUUCUCCUUCAUUUGAAGUUUCUUGGGUUAGAUCUGUAGCUGUUAUUAUAGAUGGAAUGGUUUCAUACAAAAUGAUUCUGACAUACAAUCUGUUCUGGAAAAUGGAGCUCCUUUGUUGGUCGGCAGGCCUGUUGGCAGUUGUAGACAUGCAGCUGAGAUCAGUGCGCUGCAUAAUUCGUUGGCUGUAAUCAGUAGGGCUGUUGUAAUUAUGGUUUCUCCGUGAUGACUGUAAAUGUUUUGAUCUUUUGACUUGCAUGAAACUUAAGAAUUUUGAUUUGGAAUC